AUGUGGUAUUACUUUGUUGCUCACUGCGCUUAUCACUUUACCAGAUGGUUUCCAAAAGAUUCCCGAGGAGCAGCGUAAGUUAACUUGAAUUUUGUUAGUUUGUUGUGAAAUCGAAAACUUAUGCGGACAGAAAUGCAUGGUCAUCUUGGCAACCCACUGUCCAUUGAACGCCUGUUGAGCCCUGAUCCAAUAACAGAUUGCUUCCUUUUUGAUUUGAGUCAGGGCUGACACCUAUUGAAUUUGUUGGGUAUAUGCAGUAAUUAUUAGGCGGGGAUCAAACAGUUAGGGAGGUACUUUUCGCUGUGCUUUUUUUUGUUUUACAUGAAAGUACAUGUAGCUGCUGGGCAGGAGAGUCAUGCUUAUAAUAGCUGAAAGAAAUCCCUGCCCCCCAUCCCUCAACAACUUCAGAAAGUAUUGUAUGCUUAUGUCGUAGGAGGUACAGAUGGAUAAGCAAGCUAUAGUUGUAUUCAGCAGCUUUUAUAGAUCUCAAACCGCAGCAGGAUAAUAGCUCAGUUGGUAGCUGGCUUGACUGCAGAGCGAGAGGUUGUGGGUUCAAUUCCCAGGGCCACACCAACAGUCAGGGUCUUAAAGUGACUUAGAAAUGAAACUAAUUCCAUUGCCUUGCAAAUGGCCAAACCUUCACGUGGCUCAGAUGACUACAUUGUGUGAUUCCAGAAAAUAUCCAUACCCCUCCCACUGAUGGUUCUUACGAUUAGAACCCCCCACCCUGUCGGAAUUUCCGUUCCAGAGGGGUCAUGUAUAACCCCCCACCCCCCAGAAAUUUCGUAUUUUCCUUUUCAUGGCCUUUAUUUGCUGCAUUUAGAGAUUAUUGACCGUGUACCGCUUAAAAUUAACUGUUCUCAUCUUAAGACAGUUUUUUAUAAUCUUUGACCUAUUUGUAAUAUUUUACAAGGCAAUUUGUAUUUCUUACUUUGGUAGAGCACGCUUGAUAAUGAGCAGUCUCUCUUUUUUAUUAGUUCAUCCAGCGAAACGCACGAGGCACGAAAACAGAGAUUAAUAUGUUUAUGUCAUCUCAAGAAAACAUUUACAGUAUAACUUCAAAUUUGAACUAUUCAUUGAAAUAAAACUAUGUGAACAUUUUCGAAUUUCAAAAUGAAUCUUCUUACUGGCAAAGUUUAUCGAUUGAUCUUCUGCUUCCAGUUCUAAAGUUGAAUUUAUGAUACCAUAAUUAAGUUUCAAUGAUGUACCUGUCUAGUCUAAGUCAGUUUCAUCUUAAAAGCAACAUUUAGUACAGCAUAACUUCAAAGUUAACUAUUGAUUUAACAUUAAACUAGAUGAAGAUAUUUGAAUUUCAAAACGAUCUACUAAAAACUAACUUACAAACAAAGUUUAGCAUUAAAUGUUCUGCCUCGGGUCCUAAAGUCACCACAAAGUCGAUGUUUGUAAUUAAUCUUAACUUUGAAUGAAUUACGCUUACAGUUAAACAAAUUUCAGAAAUUACAAAAAACCUUAACUUAACUUAACUUGGGUUAUAAAAGAACAAAAAUUAAUAUACAAACAUUCAUUUUGCGUCCCAUAUUUGCAUCGAUUCGUGUUCAGAAAUGAACAUCGGUGAAACAUGAUCUAUUUCAUCGCCUAGCAUGUGAUCGAAAGUCUCCUCGACAAAGAAGAAACAGAUCGUUAAUAUUUUCGGGCAAAAGUUGAUUUGGCGAGAAGUCUGUUCGACAAACAGCUUGCCUUCAACGGUACUUUAUUGGAAGUCAAUAAUAAAAUACAGCAAAGCUCUCAUUUGGGUCGUCACGCAAGGCUUUGUCACGAUGAGCUCUCGCUGAAUGUCAACAGAAAUUUGAGUAAAGUUGUUUACACGAAGCUCGAGAAAUAUAGCGCCGAGAUAGAUGAUGUUUGUUCUCGAUUGACCUAAGUUUUUAUCAGACUAGUCUGCAAUCGAGUCUGCACUCUAGAUACAUAAUCAACAUUACUAACCAAUGCGCUAAAAUUUAUUCCCGGAGAAGCAAAGGACCUGUUGAGAAUUGCGAUUGAUUUGCCUGAAGGACAAUAUUUAUUUAAAGACUUCGUCAAAGUGAAAGGUUGGACAGACCGACUGUUACAUCUUUAAGUUUUUUCUCGAAAGGGCAUCUAUUUCUGAUUUUUGUUGUGAUACAAAUCAAAAUAAUCCACAUAUACUUGAGUAUGACUCCUACGAUUGUUCGCGUCUUUUACAACCCCGUGGAAAAUUCUUCUCGUGGGCACACCCCAUACCCCUCGGAAAUUUUACUUUUUUUUAGCCCCCCAGCCCUUAGGAAUUUCCAUUGACCAUCCGUGGGGGGUAUGGAUAUUUUCUGGAAUCACACAUUACAAGUCAUGUAAAUGGGAGUUCCAUCACUGGAAGGAGACAUUAAAGUAGUGUCCUCAAUUACAGGCUCUUUGCAUGACUUGAUCAUGUGAUCAACUUUCGGUAAAAAUGAAAGCAGUUCAUGUUUGGAAAAUUUUGUUAGCACAAGCGGAAAGACCAUGUUAAAAUUAGGUAACCUGAGAAUUUUCAGCCAUAUAUCUCCAAAGUAGCGAUUGCAAUGGCCGCUGAAAGUUGGAAGUAUUUGCAUGAGAAAAACAACUUUUGCCAUCUAGUCACCCUUGCAUGGUUUUCCAUACAAAUCCUUGUAAUUUCAAAAUUUUCAAAACUGUCAUGAAAUAUUUCCUUAAGCAUUACAGGGGUCAAAUCUCCUUUUAAUUCUUAACAGGCAAUUUGAGCCCUUAAAUGCAUAAGGGAAAGAUUUAACGACAGUUUAAAAACUUUAGAAUUUACAAGGAUUUGUAUGAAAAACCAAGCAAGCGUGACUGGGUGGCAAAAGUCGUUUUUCUCAUACAAAUGCUUCUAACUUUCGGGGGCCGUUGCAAUCGCUGCUUUUGAGAUAUACGGCUGAAAAUGCUCAGGUUACCUAAUUUUAAUAUGCUCUUUUAGCUCGUGCUAACAAAAUUUUUCAUAAGUGAACUGUUUUCGUGUUUACCGAAAGUUGAUCACGUGAUCACAGUCAUGCAAAGAGCCUAUUAUUAGUACUUUCGUGCUAAAUACAUUGACAAAAAAAGACAUUUUUUUGCAUGAACUGAGAACAAUAUUCAAUUAGUUUUAAAUGUUGAUUUAUUUCAUAAAUAUUGCAUUGAUAAUUGCAACCUUAUUUUUUCAACAGGAGACUUGCUGUUGUACUUUUUGCCCUUAUGUUCAUUAUACCACAAGUAUAUGUGAUUCAGCUGUAAGUAUCGACUACUUAUUUACGUAAUAUACAGUAACAUAAUAUUUUAGUUUGAAAAAUGGUUGGAAAGAGCUUUUAACCAUUAGAAGUGAUUCUCCUCUUUGAGAUGGUGUCAAACUUGACUUGACGAACACAUGUAAAACCAACGGAAAACACAAGAAUGUCAUAAAGAGCAAGCCAGCUUAAUAGGUUCUACUUGCCACUUGCGAAACAAGAAGAAAAAUUGAUCAAGUUUACUUUUGCAAUGACUUCUGGGAGUGUUACAAGAGACAGGAAAAAAACUUUGGCCAAAUACUUUGUAGCUGACUAGCACGUCGUCAGUAGCAACCCCAGAAACAGUAAAUAUUAUUGUGGCACGCAUUUCAGCUCCAGUUUCCUUCUUGUUCUAAAGUGGCAAAUUUUGAGUGAUCAUAACCUUUUUUACCGAUGUUGAACUUUAUAAAUAAAUGCUAAUACAUGUAGUACACAUCCAUGAGUGCUCAACAUUUGAGACACAAAUAAUCAAAAUUGCAUGUAAAAUGUAAGAAAUAUCAACCUGCAAAUAACAGCUGGUCUUACUCAAAUAUACCUAAAUUAUGUCAGAUGAUAGUUAUCAUUCCUGUAGCUUUGUAUUCAUGCCAAAAUAGUAAGACAACCAUUUGCAAUCUGAAGGUUUGUAAUAGUAAUGAAGGUACAGUCAUUAACCCUGUUAACCCUUGAAGUCCCAAUACUGACCAAUAUCAAUUUUCUCCUAACAACAUCCAUUGUUAAGAGGGAGGGUUAUGAGAAUUAAUAAAAUGAUCACCAAAGAGAAAAUGCCUGGAUCUUUUAUCAAAUUCUCUUAACUAAUUCUUAAAGGAAAUGUAUGGAGAUCAGUUUGGAAAAUUUGUUUGUAGAUACUGGGGCUUGAAUGGUUAAUGACUGGACAUUGAAUUGCUAUAAAAUGUGUUAUUUACCUAGGUUGCUUCUCAAUUUCCUUUGUCUCCGAGUCCUAGUUCAUGAAUAAUUAGGGCUAGGAGACAAAGGAAAUUAAGAAUCACCCUAGGUUAAAAAAUUUUAUCUGAAUUUAAUUUUGACCUGUAAAAGAUCUUUCUAUAGGUAACCUUCUGUUAAACCUUAAUUCCUUUUCAUGGUAUGUUUAGACUCCCUUAGCCUGCAUCGCAGACAUACAUGUAACCUAACCCUGGUCAGUAACAUCUGCAAAGCAGUGCUGAUAUCCUUAUUCUGGGUCCACAACUGACUCAAUUAACCACUGAACAUUUGUUUCAAUUUUUCCUUCAACCUGAUUGGCAAAUCAACUAUGACAUCCAAAUCAUGACACCCCUGGUACACUUUUGAAGGCCCAGAACAAGGAUAUUGAUGCUGUUUUGCAGGCAGAAUUAACCAGAAGUUUAGUUCUGUCUGUGAUGUGGGCUGCGAACUGCCACAGCUACAGUUUUUGAGGGGUGUAUUUUUACCCUUCAAAUGCUCAUAUCUGCCCAUGAGGAUCCCCAUCCCUUGUACUACUUGUGAUGUCAUUGGUUUGAAUGGUCAUAGACUAUUUUGACACCUACAACUCGAGCAGGAAAAAGAGAUCUUUCAUGAGCAUGAAUCAGGCAAACAGGCCAGAGAAAAAAUGUAAAAUGAACAUCUAAGAUUGACCAGAAAAUUGACUACUUACCCAUACACAUACCGUGCACUUUCUACUGAAAAAUUAUUAAUUCACAACCCUUAUAAUUUUUGUUGAAACUUUUUCACCUGAGUGGGUGCCUUAAGUAAUAAUUUAUUGCCCAGCCCAACCCCCCCCCCCCCCCCCCCAAAGAAAGAGGAAAGAAUUGCAAAAGAAUUGGGAAGGAGAACUAAGUGAAAUGUAAAAGUAUCAACGUUUUGCCUUCUGGCCGUGCCUGAACUUCAGAAGCUGAUAUCUAACAUCAGGAAGUGCUUGACUUAUAAACAGUGCAGUGCUUUGGGCUGUUUUGGUUCUUUUUGGCCGGAUAAUGACCAGAAAAUGGAUCCACUACCUGUGGCCAAUAAGCUGGGGCCAAUGCGUUUUAAAGCAAAAUUACUAUAUUACUUACUUGUGCUUUUUACUUUAUUUGCUGUAGGCCUCCUAGCUCUCGGACCUGUGAUGAACCUUUGCUCAACAUCUCAGUUGCAGGCAUUGUUUUUACAUUCGCUAUGAUAGGUACAGUGUACUUUCUCCGUCUGGUGUUCUUUUAACCUCGUAAUUUUGAAAAACAAUGUGCAGGUCCAGAUCAUAUCCAUAACUUCCACUUAAGACCCCACACACCUCUGGAAAUUCCAAUAACUACUGCUAAACUUCAUCCAUUCCUUGGAGAGGGGGGGGCCCAGGGCUGGCAAAAGUUUUUAAGUAGUAGGCUGAUAAUGUAUACUAGGCAGCUUUGGAACUUGCACCAAAGGCACAAGUUCUUGAGGGCUGCGGCAUCAAGGGUCAUUUUGAAAUUUAGAGUCUCGGAAGUUUCCAUGGGUUUUCAAGAGGUAUUUUCCAUCGCGGACACCAUCAAUGAGGUCAAGGAUAAAUUGAAGGUCUUCAUGGAAAAUCAUCCUUGUGAUAUGCAAAAUUUUGACCUGUGACUAUUAAUUUACAGUAAGGUUCAACAUAAUUAUGUGCAAAAACACAUCCUCUUUCCUGGCAGUUUCUUUUGUAGUGCUAAUGUCCAACAUGACACUGAGUUUCUUUCACCAAACAAUGAAUUUUUUUCAGCUAAUAAUAUGUCUCUGGUUAUGUUUGAUCUGUGGCUUAACUACAUGUAGUAGCUCAGGGCUUGACAGUAGUCUAAACAUUCCCUUUCCAACUGAAAUUUACAGACAACAAGAAAUAAUAUUAUUCUAAACUGCCUACAAAUUGGCAGCAAAAUUUCUUGUAGCAUGACUAUGACUUUUAUUGUGGAUUUGCUUUUGUACUUUGACUUUUUCCGUGCUUAUUUUGCAUGUGCUGCAAAAUAUCUCACUAAAAGUGAGAUUAGUUGAUUAUCGCUCACCACUUCAUUACAUCCUGUCCUUUGUGCUAGAUCCUGGAAGCUACCGUGUGGCACGAAAUUUUUGAGGGUUCUAAUUUUUGCGAUUCUUCCAGCGAUCCGCAGAAAUAAGUUCCCACAAAUAAAAAUUACCACAAACAUUUUUCCUGCAAAAAUUUACUUCAGAGUAAAUAUUCUCUAACUUAAAUUCGCUACACAAAAAUACAGUACUAAGAAAUCAUGUCUCUUCAAUCACAACUUGUCUCUUUCAUUCACAAACACUGAAAUAAUGGUUUGUUGCUUGAAAAUAUGUAUUUCUAUCACACAUACUCAAUAAAAGUGAAAAUAUUAUCAAUGCUAUCUACUGGGUACUUUCUAAAAAUCGUAAAAAUUAAUUCCCAGUAAGAAAAAUCAAUCGGUCUUAAUCGCGAAAAUUAGUUCCUGCAAAACACAAAAAAUCGCCAAUCCACAAAAAUAAACUCCCGCAAAAAUUUUGUGCCGCGUGGUAGUUGCAGCACCCCUUCCUCUUCCGUCCCCUCAGGUUUCAAUGUUGUAGAGUGCAUGCAGCUUUCUGAAGUGAAGUGCAACCCAACUAAACACCUUGUUUAAUCACAACAUGCAAAUGACAUGCCAAGUGAUAUUCUACAAAACACACUAUCCAUUGUUAUUUUCAUUUGACCUUACUCAACAAAGAACAACAUUGUCUGGGGGAGAGGGGUAGGGGCUGCUUUUCCCUUGGGGAGGGGGAAGGGGGCAGUCAUAGCCUGUGUUUUUGCAUACAUUAUACAUGUACAUAAAUACUGUAACAUGAACUUGUGCAGCAACAUGUGGAAUCAAUGCAGAUCCAUUGUUAUUUUAUUCUCAGCUUUUACAUUUUUAUUCGCAAUCAUGGAACCUGUGCCAUGGCAGCUUAAGAUUGCAUUUCAUUUCUUUGGCUUUGGAUCCCUCAUUCUUGGCAUGGUACUGUUUGCAUCAACAUUUGCCUCUGAAUUAUGUGUGAGUGUUUUCUUCUUGUUGUUUUUUUAUGGGAACCUCAGAGUUAAAAAGUACAGUUUGACUCGCAAUAACUCAAACCUUCUAGGGAGACCAAAAAAAGUUUGAGUGAUCAGGAACUCGAGUGCGAGGCAAUGAACCGGAAACAGGGAAAGAAGCAAAUGGAUUGGGAGGGAAUGCAAGUAUCAUGCACUCUCUACUUCAAAGGCAGCAUUGGAUGACAUAAAAAUUGUUAUUUUGAAAAAUGAAUUAAGCAGCAAAUGUUGAUUAAUAUAUAGGGAUGGAAACUGAAUUUGAAGUGGAGUGACAUAAAAGUAAAGACAAAGAAUUGACACGGUUGUUUUCAAAUAAAAGAGAGAUUAAGCAUCGUGUUUACGGCAAUCGGCAAACAUAAGACUCAAGUUGUAAAAUUGUCAGAAUGAGAAAUGAGCAGAUAAAAACAGCUUCAAAUAAUUUAUUGUUAUGGAAAGAAUUAGUGUGAAUCUGUGGACUUUCGUGUAGUUAUAAUGAACUGUAAACGAUAAGUAAUAAUUAUCGAAAACUUUGUCACGUGGUACAAAUUCAUGUUUGCAUUAAACACGAUGCUUAAUCUCUCGAAAUUCAAUGUUUCAGACUUCAGUACAAUGCUUUUCUUUUUCAACUUGUUAUGCACUUAAAACAUGGUUCGGGUUAUCAAGGGUAAAAUUAUGUAGAAAUGACCUGAAAGGAAACAAAAAUUACUUCGAGUUUGCGGUGGUUCUAGUUGUCAUGGGUAAAAUUAUAGUAAAUGUGUAAAGGAAAUCCAAGAGAAAUCAACUUUAGUUCGAGUUAGCACAAGGUUUGAGUUAUCAGGAGUCAACUGUAUGCCAAGUGCAUUUUUUAAGUUAUAUAAGCAUGCAGGAACUGGGAACAUCCUUACAAUCCCAGGUGUUCUCAAUAGUUGCCAAUAAACCGGAGUUUAUUAAAUUUGGUUCUCCCUGCAAAGUUUACAUAACAAAAUCCCCAGAAAAAUCCUGAAGGAUCUUGAUAGUAGAAGGAAAGUGGCCUAAUGCAAUUUAAUAGUAAUACCAAAGCAAAUCCUACAAAUUUAGGCCCCAACUCCCCAAGAAAGGGAAAAAACUGGAUCACAAUCCAUUCAAAAACACCCAGGCUCUAUUCUCCAACCCAAACACACAGGGUGCAAAGAAAAUCAUUUUUACAGCUUGUCAUUCGGGCAAACUGAAUCUAGCAUUUACUAGCCCACAAGUUAUUUAAAAUAGCCCCACUGCAAAAGCAAAAUCCACUAGCCCCGGGCUAUCGGACACUACUUUCUUUACUCGCUGAACACAGCACCUCAGAUAGUGCAAACUUUCAGUCACAUGGCCUAUUGCUUACAUAUCCUGACAUUGCAGCGAGGUACACUAUUAAAGUCACUAUGAAUAAUUCUCCUUUGUUCUUUCUCUUGUUUAGCAAGGAUAUGCUCCUGAGUUGUACUAUUUAUGUCUCUCAUUUGGGAUAUUUGCUCUUCUUACAACAGGUAGGUUUGACACAUGUGUUAAGCUUCUGUCUUAUUAGGCAAAUGGUCUAAAAAAAACUGGUACAUGGAGAUGUUGUACAUUGUACCAGCGUAUGAUUUAAUUUUAGUGAUGAGUUUAACUUGUUUCAGUGCUCGAAUUUGUUAAAUAUUGUAUAGUUGCUGUUUUGUGAGACGUAUAGGAGACACCAAGGCCACUGGUUGAGUUAAUCAGCUUACAUUGUGUAAAUUGUGGUCUGUAAUUGUAACAGUGGCGUACUAGAUGGUAUUAGGGAACAAUUUACUUUUUUGAAAUCUUGGCUGAGAGAUAAAAGAAGCGUGGUGGAGUUACAAAAAAAAAUACUAUUUUCAAAGCUCUUGAUCUCACCCCUCUCCAUAUGAAGUUUAAUGGCCGCCUCAGGCCCCCUCAGCCAUAUUGAAACCAGUUUGUUUGAAGAAGAAACAUAAAAUGCGUUAUUGACCAAAGUUUAGAGAUCAAGAUGGCUGAAUAUUGGCCAAGGUUUUUACUCUCAGUUUUUAUGGACCAAAGUUGAGGUCUUAUAAAAAAUGCAGAAAAAGAGCAAGGCCAACAUCCUGUCAUUUUGAUGUCAUGCUUGGUCAAUUAAGCAUAUUUAUUAUAUGGCUAAAUCCCAAGCGCGCAAGAUAAAGUGAAUCUUGUGUUUUGAUUGGAUACCAAGCAGGCAAGGAAGGCUUGUCUUAUUUGCGUAUCUCCUCGGAAUUUCUCGCCUUAUUUGCGCAAGAAAAGAUCUUUCUGUGUCCUUUUUGGCCGUAUAAUAUAGUCUUUAUAGAGAGGAGAAGUCGUUACGUCAUGUUGCCAUAGUAGUAAAUUUCUUUAAUGACAACAAACCGAAAAUUCCCUUAAAAAGUAAAUUCGCACUGUUUCAAACUUCAUCGAUCUUAUUCACAUUCAUUUAAUUUGCCAAAUGUUAGCGAAAUUUUCUGGGUUAAAUCCGAAAGGACCGUAUCUAAGUUUAGGAAAAGAAAAAGAAACUUUUUGUGUUGUGCUCACCUACUCCAUAAAAUAAAACGAAAUAGGACGUUUCAUGUUGCAGUCUUGCAACAACGGCUAAGAAAUGUACAGAAAAGCGUGAUGCACGUGCAAAGUUGAUUUUUUGCCAAUCUAAACCUAAUCGCGUGUCACGAGAUUUGAGAUUUUACGGGUUUAAAAGGUGAAAGUGAAGCAUAUGAAUAAAUUAAAUAUCGCAUUAAUGCACACAAUUUAGGCUGGCCGGAUCCUAGUAUCCUAGUCUACGUUGGAGGCGUUCGAAGGGGAAUAGAAAGGUAGAAGUUCGGGUGCACGUGGAAGUAGGAAGGGAUUCCCCUUCUCUAACCCCCCACCCCCCACUUUUCCCUCGCGCACCCGCAUUCAGGUAUGCGGUUUUACAGUAAGUGUGUUACGCUCUUUAUCGCUAGUCUCCUUCGCAGCCGUUAUUAGGGUCGUCACGCAAAGCUCUUCCCUACUGGUGGGAGGAGCGUUGUGUGACAGCCCUAAUAACAGCUGCGACGAAGACUACUUCAUGGUUGGCUAUUAUAAAGUGUACUCAAUACAAAAUUCUGUUGUUUUACAGGAUUUCUGGUCAUCAUGCUCCCGUUUUGGUUGAUGAACUAUCUGUGGCCAGAUUCUGUUCUCAACCGACGUGAACGGCGAGGAAUUUGCUAUGAGCCUGUAAAGUGCUGCACUUGCCUUUGGCAUAUUUAG